AUGGCUCCUAAACGAAAGACUGUGCGAAACGAUAAUGUUCCACGACAAGUUAUGAAAUGUAUUGGUAAACGAGUUGCUAGUAUCAACAGAAAUGAUGAAACAACAAUUGAUGCUAUGUCAUCAUUAAAAAAAAAACAAAUGAAGAAGACGAUUAAAACAAAACCUAUUGUGAAGAAAAAUAAGAAAGCCAAUAAUGAAACCAUUACAGAAAAUAUGGAUCAAAGUGUUAAAUCAAUGAGUGUUGAUUCACUUAUUAAUAUCGAUUCAAUUGAAGUAGAAUCUGCUUCAAUGAGUGAAUCUUCUAUUUGUCGAAGUCCUCAACUUCAAUUAAAACCUUCAACACGCCUUUCCAUCAACACGAACGAUGAUGAAGAUGAUGAAUUUCAUAAAAUGUUUAUGUCUAAUACAGCCAAAGUUAAGAACAAUACUAGUUAUAGUUCAACACCUUUGUGUAUUUCAAGAAAAAGUGAUAAAAAUGUUCGCACAACUAGUGAUUCAUCUUCAUCAUAUAAUGUGAAAGAUACUGCACUUAGUCGAUUAUCCUAUUCAAAUACUGAUCAUUGUUCAAAAAUAUCAGAUCUACCUGUGAAAAGCGUACAAACUCCCACAAAUUGUAGUGUGCUUAGUGUUUUACCACAAAUUCAAACAUCAUCUUCGAUCCGGUCUUUAUCCAGUGUUCAAACAAAAUCGAACAAUCUUGUAAUUUUGGAAACAUUUCCAGAAUAUCGUGAUCUGAAACGAAAUUUUGAACGUGUAUCAAAAGAAAAUGAAGCUUGGCUUGAAGAUUACAAAGCAUUAACAUUAAGAAUGAAACAGCUUCAACAAACUUCAUUUCCUCGACCAAGCGUUGAUGGACGUUUAUUUCUUGAGCAAUUUUUACAUUCAUUAAAGACCAUUGAAGCUGAUGAAGACAGACGAACAAAUGCUGAAUUAGCCGGUGAUUUAGGUUUAUCAGAAGCGACGUUAAUGUCAUUAUCAAAUAUUGAUCCACAAAAAGCUUCAUUACGCGUAUUUAAUGCUCUAUUUCCUACGAAUAAAGAUAAAGAAGAUUUAAAAAAUGUGGCUUAUGUUACCACAGAACAUCCAAAUUUAUUAGACGAUAUACUCGGUAAUUAUGCUGGUGCACGUGUUCCAGUAGCUGACGCAUCUUCAUCAUUAUAUUCUGCAUCUGAUAUUCCAUUUUCAUUACAUUCAUUACCAUCACCAAAUGUACCCAACCUUUCACCAUCCAACAGAAGUCGUUCUCGUUCUACUUCUUGUUCGUCAAUAUCAUCGGAAUAUUCUUGUAGUUCGAAUAAUUUUUCUACCUGUUCGAUUGACGAUGAUGAUUUUAAUUCAAUCAAUAUCGAUGUUAUAGACGAUGUUUGUGCACCAAUGUCUUCCAAUUAUGAAUUAGAAGAUAUUGCAAAACCUUUAACCUCAAAAGAGAUUGCUGUUUUACUUGUUGAAUUACGCUAUCGGCAUUCGCUCACACGAUCGUGCAUUACACAUAUUUGCGAAUUAUUACAAUUAUUACGGGUGCCAAAUGCUCCACUUAAUUUUACUAAUAUCGAAUCUUUAAUUCUUUGUGCAUAUCGAUCAACUACAUUUCCAAGUAAAGCAGUUAUAUGUCCCUCGUGUUUCAAACGAUCGUCGAGAUCAAAAAUGUGUACCGGUACUGCGAAUUGUGACUCUCAAUCUUCAUUUGUUCGAGUACCUACAAUCAAUUAUACCUUCGCACUAGAACCACAAAUUAGAUCAAUAAUUGAACGAAAUCCAAUUAUGAAAAGAAAACCUAAUAAACAGAUGCUUUCGGACAUUACCGACGGCUUAGUAUAUGAAAAGAUACUUGAAGUGGAACAACAGCCAUUCUUAACUCUACUGCUGAAUUCGGACGGUGGUUUAGUAAAAUCAACUUCGGCAUCUGUUUGGAUAACCACAUUGGUCAUUAAUGAAUUACCACGGAAAUUAAGAUAUCUUCCAGAAAAUGUUGUACUCGGAAUGUUAACAAUAGGUGGCAUGAAACCAAAAAAAACUGAAAUGUCCGAAAUUAUGUUUGAUAUGGUUAAUGAAUUGCGUCGUCUUGAAGACGGAAUGGGUGUUUAUUUUCGUCAUGAUAAUGGAAAUGAUUCAGAACAAAUGAUAAAAAUAUUUUUACUGGCUUGUACUUGUGAUAAACCUGCCACUUCACUUUUAUUGAAUCAUAAAGAAUCCACCGGCUUCUAUGGUUGCACAUAUUGUACAAUAAAAGGUGAUCUCAAGCAAGCAGAAACAUUAAAAAAUAUUCACUUAUGA